AUGGAGAAUCUUCACAGUGAUUUCUUGGAAAACAUACUUUCUCGAUUACCUACUAAGGAAGCUCUUCAUGCCAAACGUGUAUGCACAACUUGGAGAGAAAUCCUCCGUAAGAAAACUGAAAGGUCAGGUUUUCUUUUCGCUUUCUUUCACGCUGAAAGUAAUAAUAAGGUUAGGAAACAACUAUUCUAUGGAGAUGAGUAUGAUCAUUAUGAUCAUGCAAACAUAAACCACUAUUACUCUGACAGGACACUUUCAAAGAUACAACACGGUAAAUGCAUUAUGAAAUCCUCCCCGAGGGAUAUCAUGGUUGGGUCUUGCAAUGGUUUGGUUUUGAUUGGCAAAUAUAAUAGAGAUGCGCUAGGUCUACUUCCUUCUUUAAUCUGUAACCCGCUAACAAGAGAAUCUGUCUUUCUUCCCGAUUAUAGUUACUCUAAGUAUCCUCAGGGUCAUGUAUCAAAUGGGUUUGGUUAUUCUCCUUCGACUAAUAAAUACAAAGUUGUUACAUUACAUUGUAAUCAGAAUAAUCACAAGGGACAUUUUCAAGUAUAUACCAUUGGAGGUAAGUGGAGAUAUAUUGGAUCUAUCCGCCGUUUCAACCAUAGUUCUAAUGCAGUUGAUUGUUCUACAGGCAUCUAUGCAAAUGGAGCACUUCAUUGGUUGCACAAAAGUGAUCCUUAUGGACAAGAAAGGCAGAUUGUGGCCCUUGAUAUGGAGAGUGAGAGGUUUCGUUACAUCGCAUUGCCACUUUCAGAUCAACCUCCACCAAAGUUGCUUGGAGGAAAGAAUAAUUUGUAUUUGUGUUAUACAAUUACAGACUAUGUAUCUUAUCGCACUGACAUAUGGGCAAUUCCUCACAUUCAGACCUCUCUUUCUUUGAAAGAUUUGGGAGAAACUAACGUUACUUUUUUGAAGGAUUUGGAGUAA